CAUGUAGGAUUAGGUGAUCUACCAAUUACAGAACUGAUCAGUGUGGACUACAAUUCUGUGGGUCUAGGUUUGUGGAGGUGAGAAAUUUAUGCAGGAGGCAUUCAUUAAAUAAUAAUAUAAUUCAAUUCAAUAUUAAUAAUUGCAUAUUAAUGAUUAUUUAAAACUGAACAAAUAUUAACCACUGAAGAAUGUGAAUAGAAAGGAAAUACGGCUUCAACCACAUUGUCACUAAUAUAUUUAGCUUGCAAAUACUGUAAUAAGUAACAUAAUUUUAGUGUUCAUGAUAUUAAUAUAAAUAUGUCAUUAGUGAAUGAUAUUAACAGCCUAAUCAUAAGCCAAGUGCUAAGUGCUUUAUGUCUAUUACAUCUUAUCAUCUUCCCCGUUACAGUGCCAUGUGGGAAUUACUGAAGCUGUGAUUCAAAGUUGCACAACUUGUAUGUGGAGGAGGCUGAGUGGAAGCCUAACAGUACUGGGGCUCUGUGCUAGCACAUUUCAUCAACUCCCUGAGAGGCAGGGAAUGCUGACUCCCCCUAGGAGGAGGCCAGUCUCAUGGAAGGCAGAUGUGAAUUCAGGGGCACCCUAGGGCAGCGUUUGGGUCCCCUCACUCUCAUCUGCCUCUGUCUCUCGUGCAGCUCGAGCACCAAGGUCGUCCGUUUAGUGGUCCCGGCUUCUCAAUCCCUGAACUCUCACUCAGAACCCUGCCUUCGACCGACAUGCCCUUCGAGAUCUGGCAUGGCCUGGAAGAUGGAGAACGUCUGAGCCUCACCCAGCAGGCCUUCUGGUCCUUCAGCCAGCACUUCCAGCUUGCGAAGGAUGACCAGAGUGACCUGAACCCUGGCCAUUCCAUCGUGGUGGAUCAGCUUGAGGAAGCAAGACUCAAGGCCAAAGGCCUAGCGGGCAACUUGGCUGGCAUCAUGAUUGCCUUGGACCUGCCCACCCCACCAGCAAACACCCUCCUUGGUAGUGUUCCCUUAGGAGACUCGGUCUUUGAGAGGAAAUGUCGAGGGUAUGUAAUAACCCGGGACUACAGCUUUUGGACAGACCGAGCUGUGACUUUCUUGGGUGAGCUCAAGGCCAAAUACUCUGAAUAGAGGAGGUGGGACUUCUGUUAGAGGCUGCAACCCUUUCCCCUUCAGCGGAUUCUUUUUUUUUUUUUUCUCACAAGGGAAUCUUUUCUGCCUUGCUCUUGGCUAGAAAGGAGACAAGUGUUGUCUAGCAGACAGGGCUUGUGUACCACGUACUUGGGAACACUUCCUGGGAACCAGGCCUCUAGUCCUAUGCCUGGGUCUUCCUGCCUAAGUCCUGUGGACUCCCUUCCAGAUCUGGGUGGGACUCCAUGGACAGCAUCUCAUGAAUUCCCAUUCCAGCGGUACUGGUUGCUCACUUCCUGGGUGGAAAGAAAUACCUCUCUGAAGACGCUUCACUUACAGUCCAUGGGGUCACAAAAAGUCGGUAGUGACUGAGUGACUAACACUUUUCACUUUCACUUCCCACUCUAUAUGGGAAUACAGUUGGUCCCCUUCCUGUCAUUUAGGGGAGGUCCAGGGAUUGCCUUCUUGUCUCUAUCUACCUCACUUCCUCUGUGAAGAUAUGGACAUUCUGAGCAACGAGGCUCCCUUUUCCCUGGGGUUCAUUUCCUCCUUGAGACUACCUCUCUGACUGUGACCACUGUUCCGACCUCUCACCUUCAGGUGCUUCACUUCCUAGGCAAUGGAUGUCUGACUCUUGAAAAGCUAAGGACUCAAGUCACAUCUGUUUCUUGCUCAGAACACAUCCACUUUGGGAUGAUAGAUGGCAUCGCUGGCCUGGGGCUCUCCUGAACCUCCUCUUUAUAGUGUGGCUUUUGCAGAUGAUUGGGGGGACAGGCCAUAUCCCAAGGAUCUUAUUCUCCUUAAAUGUGUCUCCCCAUUUUCAACGACUAUAUAUACUGGUAAAUGCAAUGGUCAUUUUAAACAUUUUAUUUAGAAAGAAUCAAUUUAUUCUCGUAAAUAAAACUCUUCAAAGGGGUGAGGUUUUUUUUUUUCUUUUCUCCAAAAACCUGACUUGAGGAGAAGGGAAGGUGUAGGAUCAGGGCAGAGGGAGGGGAAGGGGUGGAGGGCAUCAAAGGGAGAGGGUGGAGGGCCACAGGGCUGGGAUGGGGACAGGGAGAGCAGCAGGUGGAGUGACCCUGCGGGAAGGGGGCUGAAAUGUGUCAGGAGGAGCCCUUCCACCACAGGGCCAGCAGGCAUGUUCCUGGCCAGGAAACGACAGAGAGAAGGACAGAGGCAAACAGAGUGACAGGUGUCCCUUCCUUGAGAUGAGAUGGACAUAUACACAGGCUCACAGGGGGCCCAGAGGAAACAAGAGACGGGAAGACAAAGAGAAGCUCAGAGAGGCAGACCGGAACGAUGGGGAAGCAAGGACAUGACAGAUACGGGAAGUCGUAGAGGGAGACAAGAAGGACCCAGAGAGAAAAAGAGAUGGAGAAGCGUACAAAGAAAACAGAGAGGCGGACACAGUCGGAGGACACAGAGACGUUGACAGAGAUGGGGAAAGAUGGAGAUGGCCAGGGAGGGGACCGCGAGCUAGGCCGCACGCCCGGCGCUCAGGCCGGGCCCCCAGGAGA